GUAUGGAAGACUCACUAGAGAGAGGAUCAAAGCCAAAACAUAUCAAUUUCUGAGUCAGGGACUAGUAGUACUAAAUCCUUUUCCUCGAAAUUGGAAGAAACUAGGUACGCUGGAUUUGUAGCAAAAGUACAAAGACAGCAAAUUUAAUGUUGUCCAAACCUAAAAACCAUGAACCGCCUCAUAUGCUUCCCACAGAACCCAUAGCUGCUUUGGGUUUAGCCCUGAAACCUUAUAACAGAGAUCUCCCGAUUCUUCCAGUGUCACUUUUCUGCUUCUAUGCAGACUAAUAUAGAGGCCAUGGCCAUGCCCCAAAACAGCCACAGCAUACUAAUGGCACCUAUCAUUAGCAACGGUGGCUCUCCAGCCCGCGAGAGCUUUCGCAGGUUCUUCGAGUGCUGGCUCGUCGAGCAGAACCAGCAACUCCAGGAGCUCAUCUCCGCCUCCUCCUCAGUCGCUUUCGCCAACUCAAACCAUCCCGAUGCCGAUGCCAUCCUGCAGCCGCUCAUCGACCGCGUAGUCCGGCACUAUGAGCAUUACUACCAAGCCAAGUCCCGGUGCGCCGAACAGGAUGUUCUCUCUAUGUUCUCCCCGUCGUGGAGGAGCUCCCUUGAGGACGCGUUCCUCUGGAUCGGGGGUUGGCGCCCCAGCAUGGCCUUCCACCUGCUCUACUCCAAGUCGGGCCACCAGCUUGAGGCCCAGCUCGCGGAGCUGAUCCGGGGGCUGAGCACCGGCGACCUCGCCGACCUCUCCCCUGACCAGCUCUCCCGGGUGGACAAGCUGCACCAGAGGACCAUAACCGAGGAGAAGAAAAUCUCUGAAAAGCUCGGGAAGCACCAGGAGACAGUCGCGGACUCGUCCACGGUGGAGCUGUCCCACGUUAUGUCUGAUAUGCUGCAGAACAGGGACGUCCCGGGGAACAGGAGCCUUGACAAUAUCGAGGAGCAGAUCGAGAACACGCUCGUGUCCAAGGAGGAAGGGCUCCAGAAGAUCCUGAAGAAGGCCGAUGAGCUGAGGCUGCGUACGCUCAAGGAUAUCCUUAACAUUCUCGGCCUGACGCAGGCAGUCCAUUUCCUGAUUGCUGCUGCCGAGCUGCACCUGAGAUUUCACGACUGGGGCAAGAAGCGCGACGACGAGGUCCCUUUCCAGUAGGUGAGUCGCUCGACAUGCUAGGACCGGAUCCCCAGAAUGAAGAGUAGCACUGAGUAAUGAUAAUUAUUAGCAUAUUAAGCUUGAAGUUGUCUUGCUAGCUGUUUUUGGAUUCCUGAUCUUGCUGAACGUGCCAACGACAUAUUUCCUUAUCUGCCUCGCAAUACCAAAAACCUAUAUGUGCAAGUUUUGCUAGCCGUGUGUGGGAAUUGGGCUUGGUAAUGCAUUGUAUAAGUCGAUUUGGUUUUAGAGUUGAGAUGAGUUGCGUUUUGAUUUUAAUUUGGUUGUAAUGAUUGUUUUGUUGAAUUAUGAGAAAAAAUGUGAAAAAGUAAUGAAUAUCUGAGAGAAUUUAGUAUUAAAAAUUGAAUUGAGUAUAACGGAGGUGUAUGUGGAUUUAUGUA